GGACGGAGUCCGCUGUGAAGAUUAGAAAGUCGUCGGGACUCACAGAGUGCGGUUCGCGAAUUCGGAGGGACAAUCCCGUGCCGUGGCGUAAGGAUCGUUUGUGUGAGCGAAGCUGGUUUUAUCGUGUGUUGAGUUAUAGAAACCAAAGGUGAAGCUAGAGAAGUAAAUCGAGAGAGACAAGUUUUUAUUGUUUUGUUUUCUUGUGUGAAACGUUGCUUUGAAAAUCAGACGAAUAUCAAUUUCUUCGUCUAUUAUUUCUGCCGAUAGUCAUUGUUGGCCUUUCUGGUUCCGAAUAAACUGCAAGAUUAUUGUGAAUCUGAUAUCCGUUCCGUAUAACUGUACGAAACAGCGUCACGUAGCAAAAAAUAAGGCGAUCGAUCCUGAAAGUGAAAUAUUAUCGCCGCCGCUCCUACGACGUCCAACCGCCAGCGACAAUCGAUCGUACCAAGAGAGAGCUUGUCGCUUGCGCGUUUCGUCAAGUUAUACGUCGUCAUUGUCAUCGUAUGCAGCCAAUCCAAAGCAGCUAACCCGAGCCCGCAGUUUUCAAUCGCUGAUCACUGCAGUCAGCUUUGCUUUUACGCGAGCGUAACCAAGCAUCGGUGGUGUCGUCGCCAUUUUGAAUCAGUAUUUGUUUGAAAUCCGUCGCCGUUCCGGUUGCCCGUGGGCCUGUGUGCGCGGCAGAAGGAGAAGCGGAUCGAUCGAAGCUGAAAGCAGCUGCAGGAGGAACCCGCGCAAGUCCCAAAGCUGGCUUCCAACAACUCUGCCGUUAGCCUAAGAACGGUAAUAAAGAGAACGUGACGCAGUGAAAGAGGAAGCAGAAAAAGAAGAAAAAGAAUAAUAGUUCAAUACUUGGACCAACGACAGCACUACCACGUAGCCAAAAUGAGGUUGGAAAUCGUGUCUGCGGCGGACUUUCUCGUGCAUUUAUUAAGGCUGCAAACCGGACAGCUGUCCGAGCGGCAACUCCAAAUGUUCAAAUCAUCGCUCUCCGAGGUACUACGACGCCGAUACAGGGAUCACUGGUUUCCGGACCGGCCAAAUCGGGGUUCGGGAUACCGAUGCCUCCGCAUAAACGGUAAAAUGGACCCGGUGAUCGCCCAGGCUGGAGCCAACGUCGGUCUCCUGCCCGCCGUUCUUCACAAUCUGUUUCCGACGGAGCUGACUAUGUGGAUCGACCCUGCUGAGGUCUCGUACAGGAUCGGCGAGAACGGCUCGAUUUGUGUUCUGUACGAACGUACGGAGCCGGACCCGGAGGAGUCGCAACAGUUUGAGAGCUGCAAGGAAUCGUUAUUCAUGGAGCACACGCAGUUCAGCGAGCAAAUUGCCGCUUACGUAUCAAGUUGAGCCAAUCGCCCGCAACAACUUGCAAACAACAACAACACCAAUAACAACACGAUCUUCUCAAGCUCGCUUAGAAGUUCAGUCGCUCUUCAUUCAAUCAUCUCUCAUUAUACAUACCGAAGCUCGCAUAUAUUUCAUCUAAUACUGUUAUUAUUAUAUCUGCUGUUGUCGCGGUACGAUAUUAUCAAACAACUCUCUGCCCAACGGCGGUAUUUCGAAACGCGGCCGUCUCGCUGAUUCUCCAUCUCCAGCGUCCUUCCAGAGGGACCAAAAACGAGUAAUUACUGUUCACACUCCACCAAUGAUCUCAAAGGAAAGAAGAAGAAGAAGAAGAAGAAGAAGAAGAAGAAGAAGAAUGAAGAAAGAAAACCAAGCCGCAAAAAUCUACCCAUGCAGCCCUGACUGAGCCGCGAUCCCCAGGCUCCAUCUACAAAUCGUAUAAGAUUACGAAAUCGUCCCCCGCCCUCCCCCCGGCGACGCCGAUCGUUCGAAUAGCCGGCCAUUACAAUUUAACGAGGACGCAACGGAAAGCGGUGAGAAAGGGAAAAUUAGGGGAAAGAGAAGUAAAUUAAACAAACAAACAAAAUUUUAUAGAGGGCAUCUGGAAUUGAGGCUAUGCUGUGUUUGGGCCACCCCCCACCCCCUUCUACCCCUUCUGCCUCUCGUUUAAGGUCGGACAGAGAGACUGUGUAAUGUUAGAUCGUUUACUCAUCGAAUCAUGUGAAUUGUCAUGUACACUUAUCAUUACUAUUGUGCACCAACACGCAAAAGCACACGUACGCGCACACACACCAAAAAUACACUCUCGUAUGCACCAGGCAACAACAUUUACUUAUCCAUUAUUAUACAUGUACGUGCGUAACUAUGCUGUACGACGUAAGUGGCAAAAUAAGAUGAAAUACAAGAAUCAAUAUUGAUCAUGAUAUGGAAAAUCAAUAUCAAUGACGCGCGUACAUGUAUCAACGUAUAAUAUAUGUGUCUAGAUGUAUUUGUGUGAGUAAGUGAAUAUGCGUGUGUGCACGUGUGCGUUUGCGUGUUGAAAUACGCGAACGAAUUGUAUUUGGAUAUCAUCGAAUUGUACAUUAAUAUAUAGAAAUAUAUAUAUAUAUCUUGAAAAUUAUAUAUAUAUACAUAUUUAUAUGUAUCAUUUUUAAAAGUAACUGUGAUUUUCUAAUCGUGAAUGAAAGAAAUGAUGGAUUAUGAAUAAUUAUUGGAUCGAUAUAUAUAUAUAUAUAUUCAAGAUAUGUAUGGGAGAAAAAGAGAGAGUGAAAUUUUAUUAAUUUCUAAUAUCUUAUAAUUCUACGUAUUAUACAAUAUACCUUACACUAUUAUUGAUUUGAGGCUGAUUGCAAUUUGAACGUAACAAAUAAUUCAAUUGUGUCUGUGUGUAUACAUAUGUAUAUAUAUAUAUGCAUACAUACAUACAUACAUACUAUAUUAAUAAUUUUUAAACAAAGCAUGUGAUUUUUAUUGUACAAAACUGAUACAGAAGCAGGAUAUAACAUUUGCUGAGUUCAAUUGAAAACUUUUACAAAUGAAUGAAUGUAACAAUAACAUCAAUACUUGUUAUAAAGUAAUACAGAAAAAUAUCGUAUAUUCUAAUUGGUUAGCAAAAUCUAAAUCUGUUGUUGAAUCUCGUUCGAUGUACAAAAACUACCGCGGUAUCAGGCAAAUGUUGAGAAAAUAAAAAACAAAACAAAAAUCUACGAUGUCUGUGAUUAUACAAUGAGGUUAAAGAGAGAGCGUAAGACAAUAUAAGCAAUCUUCAUACAUGUGUGUAUCGAUCUAAUAUAUACGAGUAUAAUAUAAACAAUUAGAAGUCCACACACAUACACACACGUACACCCAAGCGAUCAAGAUUCACGCGUCGCAAGCAUGUUUUAGUUGUAAAUUUUUAGUGAUAAACACACACGUAAUGAUUUCAGAGAUCUCGAACAACUUAUUGGUGAAACUGCCACAUGUCAAGCGAUGCGUACAUACAUGCCUAUAUAAUUUUCACGUCGCGUUACUCUUAUCCCUGAACAAUAUUGUUGGCUCAUUUUAUUUUCCGGUUAGAAUUUUUAUCAUAAUCGUUAUUUUACGGCACUUGGAAUAAAAAACAAAAAAAAAAAAAAAAAAACGUAAGGCUAACAGCAGUCAAAUAUCGCUCAAAUAAAAACAUUUUGUUACUACAAUAUUUAUUGAAGCGUCGUUAACGUCGUCAUUACGGUUCCGUCGGGUAUGCAAAUAUAACUAGUAACACAGAAAAAUUCAACUCUUAUUCUCACCUUCGGACAUAAAUAUAAAAUAUGUAGGUACGCAAUACGUACGAAUGUAAUAUUUUCACGGAUCGGAACGCUUACGCCGACAUCGCGUAUAUAAAAACAUUCAUACAUCUGUAAUUUGCAGAACACAGGCUAUUGUUGCGCAUACCACCAUCGUACACUCAUAUUAACCCUUCUACGUACAUAGAAAUGUAUGCGAACGCGUAGGCGCGAGGAUUAGGAAUAAAAAUAAUUAGAUUAGUACAUAUAUGAAAUCACACACAUACGUAUGUAUUUAUAUGUCUAUUAUUUCGGAUAAUAGUAAUAAUGAUUAUAAUAAUUGCACCGCUGCUAGGGAAUGAUAAUAACAUACCGUGAGAAUUCGGCGAAGCGAGCCCUUCGAGAUAUUCAGUCUGGAAAGGGGGGGGGGGGGGGGGGCUGCUUCGCCGAAUCUUGACUGUACAUUGCAAGUGAGUAAAUAUGUAGUAACAAAAUGUGAAAAUACCCUACGUGAAAUUAUAUAGUUUACAACGGCGGAAACACUACGCAAACAUAUACACAGGCACAUAGUAUGCAUAGAUAAUUGACACAAGUAAAGAGUUGCGAGAAAAAUAACGAAUGACAAGCGAAAUGUACGGAAUUCUAUAACGAAAAAUGUACGUAGUGUGGGAAUGCGUGUGUGCGUUUUGCAAAUGUGGAUUUUGUGCAUGCGCGGUGUUUGUAUGAGCGAAUUGGGGAUAUACAUUUACACACGCGUUUGCGUAUUAUGUCGGAAGAGUUGGCGGCGCGGGGGGGGGGGGGGGGGGGGGGGUGAAAGGGGGAUGGUGGAAAAUGGGGACUCGCGCGUGUGUAUGUAUGCAUAUAAUACAUAUAAUCCUGUACUUUGUAUCUUAUAUACAGUGUAGAGCCCUUCAGGAAGAAUUUGUACAAAACGGCUGGGAUAUUCGCCAGCAAAUCUGUGAUUUUAGCUUGGUUAUGAUUCAGUAUUUUUUUAAAUAAAAAAUAAAAAAAUUAAAAUUAAAAAAAAAAAAAAAAUUGCGAAAUAAAAAAAAAAUGCAAACAAGAAAAAACCGAGAAAAAACCAACGACAACAAUCCAAACUUAACACACACGAGAUGAAAUCAAGAAUAUAAACACGACAUCAUCCUAGGUACACUUUACAUUCACAUUAAACAUCCCUGGAAUAAAGCGAAAAUGACAAGAGGAAAAAUAAUACACGUUAACUUGCACGGUAACAACGUAAAAAUUUUGUGGUAGUAUUAACGAGAACAGUUUAAAAAAUGUGUAAUCGAUGAAAAUCAUGUAUAAAAAAUGACUUGUAUGUAAAAAGAAUUAUACGAAAAAGAAAUGUAAAACUUGUGUACAGAAACUAUAACCACGCUAUUUUAAUCAUGUGAAAAAUGUACGUCUCGUGGCAGCAGUGAAAAAUCGAAUGUACUAUUUAGAAAAUUUCAUAAUUUUAUCGGGUAUUUGGAAUAAUUUCGAGCGAAUUGCAAAACACUUGUGUGUGUAAAAAGAAAGUAAUGAUUUGUAACGAGCGAGUUGGAUUUUGUCGGAUUUUUUUCUGAGCAUCUUCUUCACCGUUUUGAAUGUUUAGAAGUUCUUUUCCCUUUUUGGAAACACGUUUCGAGACGAUUGGGAGGAAACGUAUAGCUGGGUAAUUUUAUGCAAUUCUUAACACUGAACUUUUGGGCGAGCACUUUUGAGACAGAGUUUCAUUUGUUCAUACAUGUCAUCGUCAUCUAAUUAUAGUUGUGUUAGUCGUAGUGGAUAAAACAUUUACUUUCUGGUCGUGAUCUCGGGAUGCAUAAAAAAACAAAAACUCAGAUAAACACACGCAAAAUUGGCUCGUGCGUGCCUUUUGCCAAUUCUAUCGACGUCAAAUCUGCGUCCACGCUUUUUAUCAUUCUUGAUAAACAACGACGCAAAAUUUGUUGCGCUUCUUUCUUUUUCUGGUUAUUUGGUUCGAAAAGUUUGAAAAUUUCCAUACUUGUUAUCCAACUCGUGUCGUAAAAGAGAAUAAAAAUUCAAAUCCAAACAAAGUUUGUGAUUGGGAUACUGAAACGUGAUUGUAGAUUCUACCACCUUACAGACAGUUCUUUUAUAAAAUGGCACAAAAAUAACAUCAUAACGGUAAAGUCCAUCUAGUGGUCCAUCUAGUCUUUUGUUGAAAUCGAGCCGCGCUGCAAUCUGUAGUUUUUAUGGAUCAUGGCAAGUUGAAGGUGUGUACACCACUGUAGAUCCUAAUUUCAAAUGAAUACGAGCACUAAUUUUAUGUAUGUUUAAUCGAUAACGUGUGCGGUUUGGCAAGUGGGUUAAGGAACCAUAGAAACCAACAUGAAAAGAGGCAUGACUGACACCAUAUAAUGUAGACAGUAGGCACUGACUUUAUUCACCGGUCGUGCGUUGCCAAAUUCAAUGACGUAGUGUUGGUCAGAUCCUCUUUUCUGCUUGGUCUAUGCUGGAUCGUAACUGUAAUGUGCAGAUAGAUUCGAUGAAUAAUAUAGUAAAUCAGGCUAGCGCAAACAAGUAAGAAUGCAUAAUAGAGAACGGAAGAGCGAGAGUUAGAAAGCUGGAGAUGAGAAAAGAGGGUGCUCGAAGCGAGGUGCGGGAUCCACAUCACCGGGCCGAGUGACAUGUGAUUAAGACUGUACUAAAUCAUAUAUUAUAGGAUAAAAGAAAAGAAAA